GGUUCUCUGUUGCCCGACUGACUGCCUACACUCGAUCCGAGAACGUUGGAGAAGCCUGCACAGUAUGUUACAGUGUUUCAGACAGUGUACCUGCUGUAUAAACUGAUCCAAAAUGCCCUCCAAGGGCCGCACACACCAAUUCCACUCCCACUGUGCCCGCUCAAUCCUGUUGCUUAGAAUCAGGGAGACACUUGCUUCCCUCAACGGUUAACCACCUACUUUACUCAGGCAGGCAAAGAGGUCAAACGUCUGAUUCCUUCCAUUCUCUCAGCUUUCUCAGAAAUAAACCUGUCAUACAAUCCGCAGACAAGUAAACACACCCGCAUCGAGGGCUCUGUUCCACCUCAACCGUUCACGUUCAUUUGGUCUCACAGUUGCCCGCAAUGCUCUCCGACGUAGUCGAGGCCCUGCAACGAGCUACGUCCAGCUCUCUUGAAUUCAACGUCGAUACAGAUCUGCCAAAACGAUACACUCUCACAGACCUUGCGCAAGACUUACCGGAGGUCGAGCAUUUGCCACAAAUACCCACUCUCAGCGCUCUUUCACUCUGUCUCAGAAGUGUCGACCGCAUCGACCAAGUGUCUCAAGAUCACGAGUCUAUCGCACAGCUUUCUAACCAUGCACUGGGAUUACUGAGCAACUCUUCUGGUUCGCUGUCGAACACCAACCCAGCUCUAGCCGAACAGGCGUUGGAUGUCUUGAGAAGUCUUGUCGUCAGAUUUUCUCCGUCGCUUGACGACCAAGAUCUCAUUGUCAUCGCUGCAUACACCGACCGCAAGAGAACUUGGACGACCGUCAAUGCAGAGCUUUAUGCUAGAGAGAUCCUGAAGCGUUCCUUGGACGAUGUUCGAAAGCAGGCGUUUAUCACAUCGGUAGUGCUGGAGGGCUUUAUUCGACCCAUCUUCUCCCGAACAAGCUCUAGUCGCAUCACUUCCACCGGCAGGAAAGCUCAUUUUGCCGACGAUAGCCAGGACCGCUUUACUGCUGGCUCUAUCGCUGAUACCGAUGACGCGAAACCUUGGAAAACCACUCAAGCUCAUGCCAUUACGGUGUUUUCCUGGGUUGUGGAACAUUCCAAUGUUGGUCACACUUCCGAUAUCGAGUAGUCAUGAUCCUGCAAUGGACGGCUAACCAUUAAUCGACAGGAUGCGCUUGUUGAAAAAAGCUGGCCAUUAUUCACCCCAGUCCUCCUCGCUCUCCUAGACGAUACAGACACAGAGUAUAAAGCAAGGGGUCUGGCUAUUCUAGGCG